UCCACGGCUUGCUUGCAAUCCUGUUUUGCUUGCUUUCCACCACCAGGACCAUGGCAGCUGCAUUCUCUAGCCGUAGCCUGUCUUUCUCUGGCAGUGUCCGUGGACCCAGAGGAGGGAGCAUGCUUGGCCUAGCCAAGCCUCGGUCAACCUCAAACAUCUAUGGUAUCAUGAAUGCCCUUCCACCCUCAGUCAAGGAUGCACUGGCCAUGCGUUAUGGCGCUGCGGAGACAAAUAUCCUUGACAUCAACCAAAAAGGCACUAUGCAGAAUUUGAAUGAUCGCCUGGCUGCAUAUCUAGAAAGGGUACGUUCUCUUGAGGAAGCUAAUGCACAACUGGAGCAGAACAUCAGGGAAAUCUAUGUGAAGCGAGCAUCAGCUGGUGGUCCAGAUCUGAGUGGUUACUUCAGUACCCUUUCGGAGCUGAAGUCUAAGAUUGAACAGGCGACCCUGAAUAAUGCUGGGCUGCUCUUACAGAUAGACAAUGCCAAACUUGCUGCUGACGAUUUCAGAGUGAAGUUGGAAUCUGAAGUGGCCAUGCGUCUGUCUGUGGAAGGUGACUUGAGUGGACUACGUAAGGUCCUGGAGGAGGUAAAUGCAAGCCGGGCUAGCUUGCAGGUGCAGGUGGACAAUCUACAAGAGGAACUGGCCUACCUUAAGAGAAACCAUAAGGAGGAAGUGACUUCUCUCCAGGGACGGCUGGGGGGCACUGUCAAUGUGGAAGUGGACUCCAUGCCUGGUGCUGACCUACAGAAAGUUCUGGCUGAGAUCCGUGAUCAGUAUGAAGAUGUUACAGAGAAGAACCGCCAGGAAGCUGAGGCACUGCACAAAGCCCAGUGUGAUGCACUCAACCAGGAGGUUGCUGUCAGUUCUGAAGCCCUCCAGGCUGCCCAGAUGAAGAUCAUAGAGCUGAAACGGUUGGCCCAGGCCUUGGAGAUUGAGCUACAGUCCCUCCGGAGCACGAAAAUAGCCCUGGAGGGUACCCUGACAGAGACUGAAUCCCGCUAUGGGAUGGAACUGUCACGGCUGCGUGAUCUGAUCUCUGCUAGGGAGGCAGAGCUGCUACACCUGAGAUCUGAUGUCCAGAACCAAGCUGAGGAUUACAAGCGGCUGAUGGAUAUCAAGAACAGACUGGAACAGGAGAUUGCCACUUACCGGCGCCUUCUGGAAGGGUCAGAUGCUGAACCACCACCUACCCCAGAGCCCACCGCAAGCCGUCGGGUGAAAACUCUGAUCGAGGAGCUGGUAGAUGGCAAAGUGGUGUCCUCUCGUGUGGAGGAGGUAGAGCACCCACUCUGAAUGAUGUUGAUGUGGCAUCCAAAGUAAUCACAGAGCACUGGUGGUGGUGAUGGUGAAGGGAAGCUCAGUUCUAUAUAACUUGUUCCCAGUGAGUUGAUUCCACUGCUAUAGACAUCAGUCUGCAAAUAAAGCAAAAUCUUUCCCACUGAAUCAAUUCUACACUAAAGAUAUCCAUCUGCAAAUAAAGCA